CAUAAACAAGGCUCAGUGUCCAGGGUAGCGUGCGUCGUGCGGGCUAAACUAACUCUAAAUUUCGGAUUUUAAAGACUUUUUAUUUCGGUAACAAUGUUUGGUAACAUAUGUGUAAUACACUCGUUAUAUCCACUGUGGGGGACAAUGAAAAGUAAAGAAACUGAUUUAUUAUUGUUCAUUGUGUCCAACAAUGCAGUGGCAAUUCUGUACCUGGAACCGGGGGGCCAAUGGGAGCGGGAGGCGUGGCUUGACUGGAGCGGCGCAAUUGGCCGCACGUACCCCCGCCCACUCUAGGAGGCAGGGAUGCCAUCCUUGCCGCUCCACAGUCAGUUUACUUCUGCGACCCGAACAGUGAACAUGACGAGUCACGCGUAUCCCGGGUUCACGAUGAGUUCGCCGAUGGAAGGUCAAGAGCAACACAUCAAGAGACCCAUGAAUGCCUUCAUGGUCUGGUCCAGGAUACAACGGAGGAAGAUCGCACUGGACAACCCCAAGAUGCACAACUCCGAGAUCUCCAAGAGACUGGGCGCCGAGUGGAAACUCUUGACAGAAAUGGAGAAGAGGCCGUUCAUAGACGAAGCUAAAAGACUGCGGGCGAUGCACAUGAAGGAACAUCCCGACUACAAGUACAGACCUCGCAGAAAACCAAAGUCUCCAGGUCAAACAAGUAUCCCCAAGGGCUCGCCGACUCUGUACCCAACAGGACCCACCACGGCUGCAGCGUUCCCGAGCUUCCCGCUGCCUCCGUACUUUGCCUCGCCUUCGCCCCACCUCGAGAGUCUUUCCGCGGCAUACCCUCCACUUCCGCACUACUUCGGGUCCGCCUUUGACGCCGUCCAUCUCUCCAAGCUAGUCCAGAACCAAGCGGCCACCGCGGUUUCUUCAGAGGCCUCCAAGUACGCUUCCAACCCCGCCGUCGCCGUUGUCAGCUCGCUCUACUCCUCGCUGUACCCAACAUCUGCCUCAGGAAAGCUGCCUCCGCCGCCACUGUCGUUCUUCCACCAGCCUCCACCUCCACCGCACUUCCUGUUCUCCGGCCAGCAGUCUCCAAGCUCCAGCCCAGGGUCUACGCCCACCUCCUCCGCUUCUACUACCCUGGACAUCGACCAGCUGAGGAGGCCCGUCUCCGUCAUAUACUAGGACCAAGUUUUGUCGGAGGUAAGGAGUUACCGGACCCAGUUACCUACCCUUGUGUCGGACAAUUGAGUGUGUUUCCAUUUUAUCUGUAGUCGGUAAGUCCAUUGGUUUUUCUAUAUUUUUAGUCAACGUUAGUAAAUGUUUUCGAUAACUUAGUGUAAUGCAAAGUUCAGUUUUGAUUGCACAAACACUUAUAACCUAUAUUUAUUUCGAGUUUAUAUAUUUUUAGUUAGUUAAAUUAUUAGU